CGCCGCCAUUACAUCGCUCUAUGUGGUGGGUUGAGGGAACGUGAGAGAGACUGCGAGCGCAGGCGGUCACACGCAUACACACACACGGAGUAAGAGUAACACAUAGUCAUACACACACACACACACUCACGAAUGUAACAGUAAAGACGCUGCCUAAGACAUAAGAUGACUGAAAACGGAUUCAUCGUCUGGAGCCCGCUGUGUACAUUAGACGGCACAUCGGCAUUUUAUGCGUUAUUUUUUUUAAAAUGAUUUUUAAGAGGACGUCUUGGCUUGUAUUUUCACGGUGAUCAUCGUUAUUAUUGGCAAUAUUUUUUCUUCAAGACGUUAAAGACGUGGGUUUGGAGUGCGCCGCUUUCACUGUUGUGCUUUUUGAGCUCCCGGCCAGGCUGCUCGCUACAUUUAUAGCCGUUUUAUUAAUCAUAACGCAGCACGGAGGAUUGCCACCAUUGUUGAGCUGUCACCAUCGCCUUCGCGAUUAUCAUUAUCACAGAGCCAUUGUUAUUAGCUAAAAGCAAAUCUUUGGGCUGCGACCUGCUUCGGCGGAGGACGUUUCGUAAUGAUAUAAAACAGAAAGGAAGGAAGGAAGGAUUUUUUUAGCCCCGGUCGGGUGCACUACCGUUUUCCUGAUUAUGGACAGACAAUACUUUCUCGUUUGUUGAAGAAUCGGCAAAAGGGGUUUCGUGCCGUGGAAAAAAAACAUAUCCAGGCGUUUCGGCUGCGAGAUCGACGCUUUGCGGACGCGUCGGUUUGAUCGCACGGCAGCGGGGCAGCCCUUCGCUGGCUGUCGUUGUACAGUCUGCGUUAUUUGCAAAGUGAAACAAGGAUUAAAAACAUUCCUGUUCUCUAUCGCCCCGUGGUACCACACUGUCAGGGAACGCUGCUGGUAAGAAAGAAAUACUAUAAAUAGCAGUUGCAAUCUCUACAGCAAAACUAUCACCACUGCACGUAAAAAGGGGGCUGUGUAUCUGGCGGUUUCUAAUUUUUGAUUUUUUUUUUGCAUUCCGCUGGUAUUUGUUUUACCGCCAGCAUGGCCGUUGUUUUAAUACAAUGACAAUAAACAAUGUUUUGACGACAACGUUUUCCCCCUUUUUGAGCGUAAAGUUGCCAUCGCCAUGAAAUCGCGGCUGUUUUUGUUGACCUUUUUCCCCAUUUUGAUGGUUUUGUAGAGAAGGGCAGCACGACGUGUGGAUUGUAGCCUUACUGUUCUUUAAUCGAUAAACUAACGACGCGGCGAAGGACUGCCAUGGAUGCAGUAAGACAUUUCCCCUUGCGAGGAUUAUACAAGAAUCCGCUUCGAUAUAUGCGCCUUGGCAAUGAGUCGGUUCGGAUCACUUGACCUGGAUUCUAUGGUUUUUUCCCCCCAUCUUUAUUUUUUAAACUAAUCUUCAAAACAAGUAUGGAUUUACAAAAUAAACUCGGGCGGCUUUUGUGUUAAGAUCGAAAGCGGUGAAGAUAAGAUUCAUUUUGGCCACGUAUUGUUUCGAAUAAACUUACAGCCCAGUUUGGAUUCGGCGCUUGUGGAGAUUAUAUAUGUAUCAUUGAUUUUUAUUUUUUUUUCUUGGUCCAUCAAUUAGCCUGAUAAAAAAUAAUUGAUGUCGGCGCGAGGAGAUUCAAUUUGACACAUCGUCCUCCUUAUUUGGCUGUCAUUUUUCCCGUAUUUUCGGCGGAAGAUACAGAGGCUUGGGGGAGAAACGAUCUGCCGUCGCGGCUCGGUCGUGGUACCGACCCAGGAUUUCGACAUGCCCAGCACUGACGACCCGGUCGCGGACGAUUAUGACUACAGCGGCGAACUGGGUGGCUAACGGGGCGAGCCUUGAAGACUGCCAUUCCAACCUCUUCUCACUGGCGGAGCUGACCGGCAUCAAAUGGCGGCGCUACAUCUUCCGCGGUGGGGGGAGUGCGGGCCCCGUGAUCUCGGCCCCCGCCCAGGACGACCCCAUUCUGCGCAGCUUCGUCCACUGCGUGCAGGCCAACCUGCUGUGCGUGUGGCGCCGCGGUGCCAAGCCCGACGCCAAGGAACUGUGGAUCUUCUGGUGGGGCGAAGAGCCCAACCUGACUGACGUCAUCCACCGGGAGCUGGAGGUGGAGGAGGAGGGGCUCUAAAGCGGGCUGUCCUAUGAGUGCCGGACUCUCCUCUUCAAGGCCGUGCACAACCUGUUGGAGAGGUGCCUGAUGGACAAGGACUUUGUGCGGAUCGGGAAGUGGUUUGUGAAACCGUAUGAAUUGGAAGAGAAGCACCUCAACAACAGCGAGCACCUGUCCUGCGCCUUCACGUUCUUCCUGCACGGCGAGAGCAAUGUGUGCACCAGCGUGGAGAUAGCACAGCACCAGCCCACCUACCGCAUCAACGAGCAGCACAUCGCCCUGGCCCAGACCUCGUCCUCCCCCGUGCAAGUGAUCCUGAGCCCCUAUGGACUGGCCGGCACCCUCACGGGCCAGGCAUACCGCAUCCGGGAGCCCGCUGUCCGCAAGCUGAUGGAGGAGUGGUCCUAUUUCUACCCCAUGGUGUUGCGGCGCCGGGAGCCCGAGCGCGAUGACACCGACCCGGCCUAUGACCUGCACAGCCAUGUGGCCGUAGAGGUCAUUGUAGGUGGUGUAAGGAUGAUCUACCCAUCAGCGUUCGUGCUCAUAGCUCAGGGGGACCUGCCUGUGCAGCAGACCCCACCAGCCUCGGGGUCACAGGGGGCCAUCAGGGACCCUCUGAACUGCAGCAUCCCCCUGACCCCGCCCACUUCGCCAGAGCAGCCCUGUUCAGCUGACAGUGGCUUCCAGGCAUCCAUCUCCAGUGUUUCCGGGCAGGAGGGUAGCAUAGGCACCACGCUAAGCCCAAAGCACUCUGUGAAGAAACUGACCAAUCAGGCGGUGCAUCAGGCUUGGAGGGAAUGCUAUGUGAACCAGUCACAGGCGCAUAAGUGUGGCCUUCCCAACACCAUGCCCCAGGGAGAGGAGGCUCAGCACAGCACGCCGGCGUGGGAUUUUGUCAACCCCAGUGAGAGGAUGUCGUGUAGCUGCUCAAGGUUGAAGCAGCAGCAGAAGCAGCGGCAGGUGACCGCGGGGAGUGCAGGCGCCCAGCCAAGCUCCAGCCGCCUCCCCCAGGCCGGCGUGGCCCCGCCUCCUCUCCCUGCCACCAAGCACAAGGCAUCCGAAAAGCCAGAGAGGCAGGACAAGCAGCCCAAGCGACCGGCGGUGACGCCCUUCCACCAUCGGCUGCCCGCUGGCCAGGAGGCCUGCCUGGAACAGGACUCCACUGGAGGUCCUCAGCUAGCUCUGCCGGCCGUCGAUCCCCCCCUGGACCCUCUGCCCGGGUGCAAGUACCCCAAGCCGCUGCCGGACAGCGCCAAGGCCCCCGAGUCGCUGCUGCACUCUCCGGUGUCACCCCUGCCCCCCACACUAAGCCCUCACCCGCGCAUGCAGGACCCUGGAGCGCCAGACCCCCCCGAGGGCAUUGCUCCGUGCCCAGAAGCAGCCCCCACCCCCGGGCUGCUAGAACACAGUGAUACGGCGCUGUACGUGGCCCCGCUGGGGCACCGAGAGCCGGGCGGGGGCUGGUGGCGGGGCUAUAAGACACCCAAUGCCGAAAACCCUGAAUUCCGGGCUCCGGAGCUGCCCCCGGACCGGCUGGAGGGCAAGCUGGAACCCACCAGUGAGGGGGCUGCAUUGAAGAGGCUCUUCACCCAGACGCACUGCAGUUUCAAGGUGUGUGAGGAGCGCGUACGAGAGCACAUCCGUGCCCUGGGCCACCUGCCCCCGCCACUGGGCCCCGAGGCCGCCGCCGAGCCCCGCGACGACCCCUACGACUUCAAGGACGGCGACGUGGAAUACAGCUUCCCCACCUCUAAGAGGCUCAAGGGACAGGAGCGUGACCCGGCCCGCAAGAUGAAGGGGGAUGAGGUGCUGGGUAAUGGUGCUGUCCCCGAUGGGAAGGAUGCCAUGUCCAUCUUCAGCUCCGCGCCUAAAUCUGACGAAUCGCAGCAGGAUGACGCAGCGGCCAAAGCGAACCCGCCCCUGACCAGGGAAACGGACCUCGUCGUCCUCAUCUCGGACCUGGAGAACAUCUUCGACAACUCGGAUGAGGACGAGCUCGGGAACACCUACCCCACCCAGCAGUCAGCAAAGGCGCCCCCUGCAGGAGUGGAGGACCGGCCCCUGGGGAAGGACGCGAGAGUCGCGGUGCCAUAUCCGUCAACAGUCGCAGAUCUGCAGCGCAUGUUCCCCACGCCACCCUCCCUCGAGCAGCACCCCGCCUUCUCUCCCAUCAUGACCUAUCGGGACACGCCCAGCCAGGAGCCCCCCGCCCCCACUGCCGGCCCAGAGCAUCCCACAGGGCCGAUCCCUGCUACCCAGUUGACAGACUUCAGGAUGGAGCUGGAGGAGGGGCUGGCCAGCCCUAGGCCAGAGGAUAUUAAGGAUUUCUCGUUUGUGUACCGUGUGCCCACCGUCCAACCCCUGCCAGGCUGCUCUAUGUUCGCCCCCCUCCGCACCCUCCCCAGCCAGUGCCUGCCAUCCCUCAAGAUCCCAGAGAACUGCUACUACCGACCCUCCUGGGCCCUGCCACCCAAGAUGGAGCACCUGGCCCUCCCCCUGCAGGUCCCAUACAGCCGAGACGGAUAUGUGAACGUUCCGAGCGUCAACAGCAUGUUGGAGCAGGACUACGCUCAGGCGAGCGCUUGCCCCGCCUUCUUGGGUGGGGCCAGUGGGGUGCUGCCUUCCCCCGCCACGCCGCGGUUCUCGGUGCCCACACCCCGCACGCCGCGCACCCCCCGCGGCAUGGGCACGGCCAGCGGCCAGGGCUCAGUGAAGCAGGAGGGCACGGAGCUGAGCUCGCCGGCCUCCACUCCUUCCACCAGUCGGCCGCUCAGUUCAGUGGAGCCUCUGGCGCCUCCCUCGCUACCGGAGGCGCACAGUCUGUACGCCGUGCUGCUGCUGUCCGACUCGGUGCUCAACGUCUUCAAGGACCGCAACUUUGACAGCUGCUGCAUCUGCGCCUGCAACAUGAACGUCAAAGGUGCUGACGUGGGCCUCUACAUCCCCGACUCAACCCGCGAGGACCAGUACCGCUGCAUGUGUGGAUUCAGCGCCAUCGUCAACCGCCGGCUAGCCCACGGCACCGGGCUCUUCCUGGAGGACGAGCUCGAUAUCUUCGGCCGCGGCUCCGAAGUGGGCCGGGCCGCCGAGCGCAGGCUAGCGUUGUGCCGUCGUGCGCCACCCAUCAGCGACCCGGUCGUCCGCAGGCCCCAGGAUGCCCCCACCUCCCUGCUGGUGCUCUUGCAGGAGCAGUGCUCGGGCCCCAUCGUCUCCCUCGCCUCCCUGCACCUGCCCCCCGCCUGCUCCUGCCGCAGCCGCAAGGAGCCGCUGCUGCAGAGCUGGGCGGCGGACAAGUUGUGGGCAGACGGCGGCGACGCGUGUACCGAGUGCUACAACGCGCUGGUACAGGGCCUGCAGUACGUGGACAACCCAGCAGGGGGCAGAGUGGACUCUGCCAUCGUCAGAAGCACCUGCCUGCACCCUUGGCCCCACAACUGCUUGCUCGACAUCAGCAUGCUGUCCUCCCAGGACGUGGUGCGCAUGCUGCUCUCGCUGCAGCCCUUCCUACAGGACGCCAUCCAGAAAAAGCGGACGGGCAGGACCUGGGACAAUAUCCAGCACGUGCAGGGUCCCCUCACCUGGCAGCAGUUCCACAAGAUGGCCGGCCGCGGCUCUUACGGCUCGGAGGAGUCCCCAGAGCCGCUGCCCAUCCCAACGCUUCUGCUGGGCCACGACCGCGACUUCCUGGCUCUGUCGCCCCUGGCGCUGCCUUUCUGGGAAAAGCUGCUGCUGGAGCCGUACGGCGCCCCUCGGGACGUGGUCUUCCUGGUUCUGUGCCCCGACACCGAGGCCCUGCAGGCCGGCGCCGCCGUCUUCUUCAAGGAGCUCAGCGCCGUGUACGAGACCUGCCGCCUGGGCAAGCACCGCCCCCUGGCGAGGGUGUCACGGGAUGGCAUCGUGCGCGUGGGCUCUCUGAGCCCCCAGACACUGGCAGAAGAGUCUGCAGAGCAGUGGUUCACCGAGCCCUGGGCCGGCCAGCAGCAGGAUGGCAACAUCACCAAGCUGAAGUUGUAUGCCCACGCGUGCCGACAGCAGCUGGCCCCCCAACUGGCUGCCCUCUCCCUGGACAGCAGUCUCCUCCUACCUCCCAGUCCCCAGACUCCUCCCACUCCUACCACUCCCGCCUCCCAGCCCACCCCCUCAGGCCAGCCCGGUCCCACCCCCGGGGCACCGGAUGGCUCUGGCUCUUCCUCGGGCACCGACGGGGCCCCGACACCAGUAGGGGCGACUCCUGGGCAGCCGGCCGCAACGGAAACCGGGCAGGGCGACGCCCAGGAGACCAAAAAUGGGCAAAAUGUACCUCCAGGCGUGGCGGCGGAUGGUGCGGACAGCUCUGCCGAGAGGGAGCGCAUCGGUGUGCCCACUGUGGCGGACUCGGCCGAUGGCCACGCCCACCCACCCGCCAUCGUGCUGUACCUGGUCAACCCGUUCCUGUGUGGGGGUGGUGGCGGUGGCGGGGGGCGGGCUGACGGGGAGGCGGAGCCCGAUGGUGUGUGGUUACUGGGCUUGCUGCGCUGCUAUGCCGAGAUGGUGCGCGAGCUGCCCGAAAGCCUGCAGGCGGCGCUGGUCCUCCAGGUGGUGCCUUGCCAGUAUCUGCUGCGGCCGGCCAGUGGGGAAAGCCCCCUCUACCUGCAGCACCUCCGCUCCCUAGCCUUCUCCGCCUACUCCCAGUGCCGGCGCCUCCUUCCCAUGCAGACGCACAUCAAAUCCCUGACGGGCUUUGGACCCGCCUCCGCCGUUAACGGGGUUCUGAGGAACCCGGAGCACCCCAGUCCCAUGCAGCUCUAUUCCCCGCCCUUCAUCCUGGGCCCCACACGUAGCAAGCAGCCGGAGUCUGGCGAGGCCUGGGCCGAGGGGGCCACUCGAUACGGCGUGCUCUUCGUGGGCUACUGCUUGUCCCAUGACCAGCGCUGGAUCCUGGUGUCCUGCACCGACCAGCAGGGGGAGCUGCUGGAAACCUGCAUCAUUAACGUUGACAUGCCCAACAGGGCGCGAAAGUCCAAGGUCUCCCCCAGAAAAAUUGGGCUGCAGAAAGUAUGGGAGUGGUGCAUUGGAAUCAUCCAGAUGACCUCGUUACCCUGGAGGAUUGUGAUUGGCCGGCUGGGACGCCUGGGCCACGGAGAGCUGAAGGACUGGAGCGUGCUCCUAGGCGAGCACUCCCUGCAGUCCAUCAGCCACCAGCUGCGGGAGGCAUGCCGCAUGUGUGGGAUCUCCUCCACCGACUCGCCCUCCAUCCUCAGCGCCUGCCUGGUUGCCAUGGAGCCCCAGGGGUCCUUCGUGGUGAUGCCAGAUGCCGUCACCAUGGGAUCCGUCUUUGGCCGUAGCACGGCGCUCAAUCUCCAGACCUCUCAGCUCAACACCCCCCAGGAUGCUUCCUGCACCCACAUCCUGGUUUUCCCCACCUCAGCCACGACCCAGGUGGCCCCAGGCACCUACCCCACAGAGGACAACCCCGACCUGUUCGACCUGCCCUUCCCCGACGAACUGGAGAACGACAUCGGUCACGACAUGAUGCUGAUCACAAAUCUGCACCCCUCCCCGAACACCUCCCCUGUACCCUCCCCGGGCUCCCCCUGUGGUGCGGGACCUCACUUUCAGCACAACCGAAGCCAGGGUGAGAGGCUACUCUCCAGAGAAGCCCCAGAGGAACUGAAGCAGCAGCCGCUGGCUCUGGGCUACUACGUCUCCACCGCCCGGGCCGAGGACCUGCCACACUGGUUCUGGGCCUCCUGUCCACAGGCUCAGAACCAGUGUCCGCUCUUCCUCAAGGCUUCCCUGCACCAUCACAUCUCGAUCGCCCAAACGGACGAGCUCCUCCCCAACAAGACGUCCCAAAGGAGCCCCCAUCCAUUGGACUCGAAGACCACCUCAGAUGUGCUCAGGUUUGUGUUGGAGCAGUACAAUGCCCUGUCCUGGCUGACCUGCAGUCCUGCAACCCAAGACCGUCGUUCAUGCCUGCCUGUGCAUCUGGCUGUUCUCACACAGAUGUACAAUGCCAUACUUAACCUGUUGUAGACCUAAAAUGCGGAUGGCAUCCCUGAGACUUGUCCUGCUUGGGCUGAGCGUAGAGGAUGUCUGGAGAUGCAUAUCUUUCGCCUUGUCCCACAACCUGGAAACACAGGAAGAUGUGAAUCGUUCUGUGCCCCAUUUCGGACACCGCUGGAGAGAUACUCAGGGAGACGGUGGCUUGCAUCUUGCUUCUGGGUCUUGUGCCAGAACGCCCUUGUACAGAAAGGCUGGCGUCAGUAGAAUGUAGAAAUACUCACUGAGGAUCGGGCCGCCAGGAAAUGGGCGCAGAAUCAUUAAUAAUCUUCAGAGGUGGUAGCUGUUGGUGCCUUCAGAGGAAACGAGGAGCUGUUCCCUGAAGACACUGAAGCUCAGAGAGAGUGUUUGGUUGGCCAAACCAGGCACGUGCCUGAUGCCCUCGGACGGACCUGCCGUCGACUUGGUACAUGUAGUGUGUUGGGCAGGUAGAGGAAGCAGGGGACAAUCUUAUCCAUGCGGUGGUCUAGACAGCAAGAAGGAACGGGAAAAACCCCCCAACGCCACACUGGAAAUCCAGUGUAUCUCUUGGACCAGAGGCAGGUGAGGCCAGUGCGACCCCCUUACCACAACUUACCCCCCUUCCCCCCUGGGUACAGUUAUACCAGCAUUAAGGACCAAAGCCUGUAGAAUCCGCACCAGUCAUCUCUCCAUCUUCCUCUGGUUCAUCAGUCCCAAGGAGGUGAACCCAGAGUUCUGGGUGACUCCAUGGAGGUGCGCCACUCCUACCCUUCAGCCACACGACUUCCUCUUUGUAUUUUAUCGUACCGAGUUUGUCUUGCAGUCCUUUGCUAACGUGCUACUAACAGCAUCCAUGCCGACAUCGCGCCGGAGGACGAAAAGCUCUGUCUCCUCUGAGGAUAAACAUUCGACAAAGGCACUUCCCUCCCUUCGCUCCCAAGUGACUGUUUUACUCUUAUACAUGCAAAUGCGAUGGACUGAUUUUUUUUGAGAAAUGAACCCAAAAAAAAAAAAAUUAUGUAACUGUGUAUAUUGUAAAACUGACAUUUACAAAGAAUUGAAAUUAUUUUAAUAAUUAAAGCAAAAAAAUUGAAAUUAAAAAAAAAAAAAAAUCAAGGCCUCCAAAUUUAAUUAAAGCAGCUUUGCAAUCAGUAAACUUUUUGGAAAAAAUUUGAGAAGUUGGUCAAAUGCCAUAUAUACAGGUCAUUGUAUAUAUAGGGUCUAGUAAUAUAAAUGCGUACAGUAUAUGUUAGGGCUAAGCACUGGGGGCAGUCAGCUGUUUGUUUUAAUUUGUAUUUUUGUUUUAUUUUACACACUCUUCAGGGAACUUUUGCCUAAACAUUCAGCAGAAACGUGCACUGUUGGCGACAUUCUCCUCAUUUCAUUCUGCGCAGUGAUGCCACAUUUCACACAGCCAACAUCGCAGGGCGGUACCCAUUGGUUGGGUUGGCUGCUACUUCUUCACUGCAACCGUUUUCAAUGUAUAUAAAACAUAUUUUAUUUUCAUUAUUUGACCGUAGCUCUUCCGCACAGUCAGUAUCGGCUGAAUUGUCAUUAGCUAAUUCAUGCUUAGCCCUAAUAUAUACAUAUAUAUAUAUAUACAGUGUAUACCUCCUUAAAUCAGCCACAUGAGGGGGAAAGUCUGUUCCUAGAAUUCUCAUGAAAAAAUCAAGAAAUAUACAUCUGUUAUCAAAGAUAUUGCAUUUUAGCAGAGGUAGAUAGUUCUGGUCCUGAAAGUAAAAAUCCAGACCAAGAUUUUAUGUCAACCAACCAGUUGAGUAAAGUCAUAGUGACUGAGUACGCAACUGGUUGGUUGAAACAAAAUCUUGUUCUGAGUUUUGCUUCCUGUACCUGAACUAUCCGCCUCUGCAUUUUAGUUUCCUAUACUUUUUUAUUGUUAUGGUUACUAUCAAGAAAUGUUGUCUUUUAGCCUUUUUUAUUUAAUGAUUUAAGUUAAGGAACUAAAUAAUGCAGAUAUAUUUAUGAUUUUUUUCUGCAAAAUAAACUUGAAAUAGGCAAUAGAUAUAAAAGUAUGCAUUUGAGCAUUAAAAUGUAUUGUAUGUUUAACUAAUAUGCAUUAUUUUAGUGGUGGUUUUAAAAGUUGUAAAUCAAACCAUUGACCUUUUCACCUGUUUCCCCUCCUCUUCCCCCUCCCUUGAAUAGCCCCGCUUAUUUGUAUAACCCCUCGCAUGUUUGUACACAUACCCAUUUGAGCUACAUUUUUGGAAACUCUGAAAAGCUGUAUAUUUCAUGCUGGUUUGAUUUAUUUUAUCAUAUGUGAUUCCUAUGAAGCAUUUUCGCAGUGGACUUUUUAAAAAAAAUCAAAAAAAAAUUCUGUCAAGUGCUGGGCUGAGGAUUGGUGGCCUCUCAUUCGGUGUACUGCAGCGAGAGUACACUAAAGAAAAAGGACGUCACGUUUGCAAAUUUGAUACUUCUGUUAUCAUUUUGAAUAUCAAUAUCAGUCAGAUCUAUCUUGGGGAAAAGAACUGUAUCUUUUACACUCUUUUUUAGUAAAUUAUUAAAUUAUCGAAAAAUCGAU